GUCUUUUGCUAUCAUAUCCUCGGACACGAAUCAAAACUACAAACACUUACCAAAUAACACUUUUUUACUUUAUUAUUGUUUGUAUACAUUCAUUUCUUUCUCUAAAAACCCAAAAUCAAAAUGAUGAUCGGAGAAACCCGCCGUCAUCAUCAGAUUGAUGUACCGCCAUGGCAGGAAUCUUAUUCUCCCACGACGGUACGUAUCUCAUCCCCAGCCUCGUCACCGCCGCUACAAUCAAAUAGCGGCGGUGCAGGCUCUAAUCAUCUCCCUAAUUCCCCCACUUACUACGACGCUGUUUUAGCGUCCCUUCGUCGAUACCUUCUUGCUGACGCCGUUGAUAAGGAGUCCUCUCCGGCGGCGGCGACUGUGGAUUAUUCCAGUGAGGUUGAUUUUUUAUCAGGUGAAUAUGAUGAUGAUUUUUUUAUGUAUGAUUUCAAGGUUCGGAAGUGUACUCGGGCUCGGGCCCAUGAUUGGACUGAGUGUCCCUUCGCCCAUCCUGGCGAGAAGGCGAGGCGAAGGGACCCGAGGAAGUUUAGCUAUUCGGGAACGGCGUGUUCCGAGUUUAGAAAAGGCGGAUGCAAGAAGGGUGACGGGUGUGAGUUUGCGCACGGGGUGUUCGAGUGCUGGCUACACCCGACCCGGUUCCGGACCCAGGCUUGUAAGGACGGGCCCGGGUGUAAGCGCCGGGUUUGUUUCUUUGCCCACACGCCUGACCAACUCCGGACUGGGCCGGGCCUUGGUAGCCCGAGAGGAAGUGGGCUUGUCUCGGUCUCCGAGGACAGCGCCAUCAACACCCCGUCGGUAGGCGACCUCAUGGCGUCCAUCAGAAACCUACAACUCAACAAGGUCAAAUCAAUGCCUAACUCGUGGGGGAGUCACCCCAUGCACGUGAAUGGCUCGCCCGUAUUCGGGUCGCCUCGCGGGGUUGGGACUCCCACGGCAAUAAGCCGGGCUGGGUUCUUUAGCCUGCCGACAACCCCAACCCGGCCAAGGAUCGGGUAUUGGGACAAUCAAGAUAUAGGUGAGGAAGAUGAGCAGCCUGUGAUGGAAAGGGUUGAGUCUGGAAGGGAGUUAAGGGCUCGAAUGUUCGAAAAGUUGAGCAAAGAAAACCCUCUUGAUGGGUCGGGUAGCCCACUGUCAACAUCAGCACCCGGAUCAAGUCCCGAUUUCGGGUGGGUGUGUGAUCUCAUUGAGUGAAUACCACACCCUAGAAUACAUACCCAUUUGGAUAUGACUGAAGCCUACUCUUUAUUUUUUUCUACGAAGCUGCCUAAGAAGGAAAAUGAAGAGGAAGACAAGUAAUUUCCCAUUUUAAGCAUGUGAUUUUUCGUAUCGAUUAUUAUUAUUGUUAUUUGUGCUACGAGUCACAGAUAAUGAGUUUUAUGAUGAUUAAUAGUUGUUAAUUAGCUUUGGUUUUCUAUAUUUAGGUUGUAAAUAUUGUGAACUACUCUUACAAUUAUUAUAUAAUGGUAAUGUAUAAUUAUUUGUUUGCUAUUUUUACCGAGUGAUUGGAUUUUGUA